UUAGUGAAGCCUCCAUCAUAGACUUCGAAGAUUACAUAUCCCCAGGUUGAAGUAGCAUUUAGAGUGUGAUUAACCAUACUGAUCAGUAUAAUGGGAAGAGAAAGAGGAACAAGCAGGCUCCCAACCAGACGGUUCAGUUGUUCCAUAUCAUCAUUCACGGUACUCUCUUUCUUCUUAUCAUGCUCUUCUCUUCUACUAUGCUCAUCAGCAGUAAGAGACAUGAUUGUUAUGAGCCAGGCGAUUCAUGAUGGAGAAACUAUUGUUUCUGAGGGAAAAAAAUUUCAAUUCGGCUUCUUCACCCCCAAUGGUGUUGAACUUGACAAACGAUAUGUCGGAAUAUGGUAUUAUGGGUUACCUCAAAAUUCAACAACAGUAAUGUGGGUAGCCAACAAAGAGAAACCACUCCCAAAUAUGAAAGGAUAUAUAUCAAUCACGGAAGAUGGAAAACUAAAAGUUUUAGAUGAACAGUGAAGUGUGUUUUGGUACUCGAAAUUGAAGGUUUCAAACCCAGUAACAAGCACAAGUGCUAAGCUUAUGGAUUCCGGGAAUCUCAUCUUGAUUAGGGAGAAUGGAGAUGAUGUGCCAAUAUGGCAGAGCUUCGAGGAGGUUUCCAACACAUUCUUGCCUGGUAUGGGGGUAUUGGACUCAAGCAAGGUACUUCGAUCAUGGAAGACUGAGCAAGAUCCAAAUCUUGGAUGUUUUACUUUUAAGCUCGACCAAACCCAGGGAACAAGAUAUAUAAUCAACAAUGGAUCAGUUACCUAUUGGAGAAGUCAAUCCUCGAAUGAUUUCGAUCUCACCAAUUCUAAUGGGAUCCCAAAGUGUGUGUCUAAAUUAUUAUCCCCCCAAAAAGCUCCCAACAUAACGAAUUGUAAUACAUAUAAGUGUAAUACUUCGCAACCCUCUCGGUAUGAGUUUAUCAACAACACAAGAUUAGUGAUGCAUCCAUCGGGUCAAAUCAGAUUUUAUAACUGGACUGAUCUGGUAUGGUCUGCACCAAGUAAUAAUACUUGUAACAUCUACAAUGCUUGUGGUCCAUAUGGUAUUUGCAAUAGUAGUGAUACCACCAACCCACCAUGUAAAUGCUCGAAGUGGUUCAAACCCAAGUCACAGGCAGAUUGGGUUUCUGGGUUGUAUUCUGAAGGUUGCACCAAGCCAUCACUGGGAUGUAAACAAGACCAUGAGUUUUUGCCCUUAAAUGUGACUAAAGUGGAGAACACUGCCACUAGUUUUGAGGAUGCCAAAAAAUUGGAUGAAUGUAGAACAGAAUGCCUUAAUCGAUGCCAGUGCAAUGCUUUCUCUUUUGAACUUCAACUGCCAAAAAGGAUUGGCAUUAGUCCUUGCAAACUUUGGAUAAAUAAUGAUCCAAAGGACCUCCAAGAGGCUAUCUCCGGAGAGAGUAUGGUCAUUUAUGUCCGUGCAAGCUCUAAUAUGGGUCCUUUAGAACUAAGUCAUUCUUUUCCUAAAAAGAAAUCGUCUUCUCCAAUUGUGGUGAUAAUAGCCACUACUACAACAGGGGUAAUAGUUUUCUUUGGCGUUGGCAUUGUCUGUAUAAUAAUAAUGAGAAAGAAAAUGGUGAGCAAAAGAGAAGCUCACAGGGAAAGUACUCAAGAAACUUCAACUUUUGCUUUCGUUGGAGAUGUGGAACAUGCUAGUGACUUAAUAUAUCCAAACAAAUUUGGAAAAGAUGAGAAGGCCAUUGAUGCACCAUUUUUUGAUUUUGAAAGCAUAGUGACUGCUACUAAGGACUUCUGUAAUACAAAUAAGCUUGGACAAGGAGGAUUUGGACCUGUCUACAAGGGGAAUUUACCGGGAGGACAAGAAAUAGCUGUGAAAAGGCUUUCAAAGAAUUCUGGACAAGGUCUAAAUGAAUUUAAAAACGAGGUCUUAUUGAUUGCAAAACUGCAGCAUAGAAAUCUCGUUAGACUUCUACGUUAUUCUAUCAAAGGAGAUGAAAAAAUUCUUGUUUAUGAAUAUAUGCCAAACAAAAGCUUGGACUCCUUUAUCUUUGAUCAAUCACAAUGCUCAUUAUUGAAUUGGGAAAAGCGUUUCAACAUUAUAAUGGGAAUUGCUCGAGGGCUUCUUUAUCUUCAUCAAGACUCUAGAUUGAAGAUUAUUCACAGAGACUUGAAAACUAGUAACAUCCUCCUAGAUGAGGAGAUGAACCCUAAAAUUUCAGAUUUUGGUUUGGCAAGGAUUUUUGGAGGAAACCAAAAUGAAGAAAAUACUAAUAGAGUGGUUGGGACAUAUGGAUACAUGUCACCUGAGUAUGCAUUAAAUGGGAUUUUCUCAACUAAAUCUGAUGUCUUCAGCUUUGGGGUUAUGCUACUUGAGAUUGUUAGUGGGAAGAAGAAUACAGGAGUUCCGUUUGAAUACUCUUUGAAUCUUCUAGGAUAUGCAUGGGAAUUGUGGAAAAAUGACAAAGUGUUGGAUUUCAUGGAUAAAUCAUUAUGUGAAUCAUAUAAUGCAUGUGAAGUUUCAAAGUGCGUCAAUGUUGGGCUCCUAUGUGUACAAGAUGAAGCAGAUGAUAGACCAACUAUGUCAAAUGUAGUUUUCAUGCUAGGAAGUGAGACAACUACUCUUCCAACUCCAAAAGAAUCAGCUUUUAUUGCAAGAAAGUACUAUCCAUCUGACACAGCUUCUUCAUCUAGUAGACCAGAAAUGUAUACUAUUAAUGAGCAGACAAUUACUGAGGUACAAGGUCGAUAGUAUAAGAUUUUGUUGAUGACCCUAAGGGAAAAGAGUACAUCUGAUUGUAAAUCUUGUUUGGAGUGAUCUGUUAAUAUGAACUUUGGCCAUAUGACAGAAACGAAAUAGCAUGUGAAGGUCCAAACUUUAA